AUGAGAACAUCUGUAGCUGCCAUUCUCACCCCUCAUAUAAACAGCCCCUACAAUGAAGGGUUUUUCUUCAUUCUCUUUGCAGAACAAAGGAAGAAAUACUCCAACUCCAACAUCAUCAUGCACGAGACUUCACAGUACCACGUACAGCACUUGGCCACCUUCAUCAUGGACAAGAGCGAGUCGAUCGUGACAGUGGACGACGCGAUCCGAAAGCUCAUCUUGCUCAACUCCAAAGAGAAGAUCUGGACACAGGAGAUGCUGCUGCAAGUCAAUGACAAGUCCAUCCGUUUGCUGGACUGCGAGUCACAGGAGGAGCUGGAGGACUUUCCCCUGCCCACAGUCCAGCACUGCCAGACGGUGCUGAACCAGAUGCGUUACUCCUCCAUCCUCCUCCUGGUGUGUCAGGAUUCGGAGCAGCACAAACCUGACAUCCACUUCUUCAACUGCGACGAGGUGGAGGCGGAGUUGGUUCAUGAGGACAUCGAAAGUGCCCUGGCAGACCACAAGCAUGGGAAGAAGAUAAGGCCACAGACACUCAAAGCAAACCAAGAAAAGAUCAAGCAAAGACAAUCCAUCCUCCCACCGCCUCAAGGGCCAGCUCCCAUCCCCAUCCAGCACGACAUGCGAGGCUCAGGGAUGAACAGGAACCGGGUGGCACCCCCUGCCCAGCACAACCCAGACUAUGAACGACGAAGCUCCAGCUCUCACGACCACGAGGAGUCCCGAGCCAUCUUGGCACAGAAGAUUGAGAAAGAAACGCAAAUCCUGAACUGCACUCUGGAUGACAUUGAAGUGUUUGUGGCCAGGCUUCAGAAGGCUGCAGAGGCAUUCAGACAGCUCAACCAGAGGAAGAAAGGGAAGAAGAACAAGAAGAAAGGGCCAGCAGAGGGCAUGCUGACCCUUCGAGCAAGACCCCCAAGCGAGGCAGAGUUCAUCGACUGCUUCCAGAAAACCAAAUUGGCUUUUAACCUCCUGGCCAAACUGAGAAAGCACAUCCAGAACCCCAGCGCUUCCGAGCUGGUGCAUUUCCUCUUUGGACCACUGGAACUGAUUGUCAAUAGCUGUGGUGGCCCUGAGCUCGCCAGGUCUGUCAUGAGCCCUCUGCUUUCUAAAGAUGCCACAGAUUUCGUCCGAGGACACCUGACACCAAAAGAGAUAAGCCUCUGGGAGUCCCUGGGAGAGACAUGGACCAGAUCAAGAGCUGAAUGGCCCCGAGAAGCAAACAUCCCAACCUACAUCCCCAAAUUCCGCAACGGCUGGGAGCCCCCCAUGGAAAUCUUCCGCGGAGCUCCCUGGGAAAUAGACAUCGGACACUUGCAAGAAGAGCUCUCCUCAGCCAAUGGAUACCCUUACCGAAACUCCUCGCUCAAGCGUGGCCAGGCUGCUGAUCAGACACAAGCUGUGGAUGCCUUCAAACAGAAUGUAACUCACAGGGGUUUUGAGGCACAGGCUCUGCCUAAGAGAUAUGCCAAAAUCCGCUACGACUUCACCGCGCGCAAUGCCAACGAGCUCUCAGUGCUGAAGGAUGAAAUCCUGGAGGUGUUGGAAGAUAACAAGCAGUGGUGGAAGCUGCUGAACCGGAGCGGGCAGGCUGGUUAUGUCCCUUAUAACAUCCUGGAUGUGGUGAAACUGGAAGAGGUGGAACAGUCGAAUCAGAGGUACAAAGGAGACCCAAGCCACAGGGGAUAUGGACCAUCCAGCCCAACUCACAAGCUGCCUGCCAGCUACGCCGGGGACAAAUGGGGCAGUGAAAUGCUGUCACGCAACUCCCCCCAGGACGCCAAAGAACAACUCAUCCAUCAAAUGGACGAGCUGAAUGACGAGCUGCUAAAGAAGAUCACAAACAAUAAAAUUCAGCCUCCUCAUAGGAAUUUCAAAGUGGAAAAGCCUCAGGAAGCUUUUGUGCCCCUCACCUUCGACUCCAGCACUGAAGAAGUCAAAGCUUGGCUGGAGGCAAAGUCAUUCAGCAAAGAGACAGUGGAACACCUUGGUAUCCUCACUGGAGCUCAGCUCUUCUCCCUCAACAGAGAGGAGCUGAAGAAAGUGUGUGGUGAUGAGGGGAACAGGGUAUACAGUAAAAUCACCGUGGAGAAAAACCAGCUGGAGAAAGACAGAGGGGAGUCAGAGCUCCAAGAAAUCAUGAAGCGUCGUCAGGAAAGGAUUGAUUCUGCUAACUAA